GAUUGGAAUUAAAGAGGUCUGAGAAUUGCUUGAUAGGCCCAGCAGAGGCCGCUGAUCAAUUGUAUGCCAGUUAGUCUCGGCCUUGCUUGCUUUCCAAAGCCACUCUUCACUCGCUCUCCUCGUGGGCGCGCACUCCAGUACCGUUUACACUGUUUUUCGUGUCAAAUGUGGUGCUCAGGAUGAUUUGAUAUCAACUCUGAGUGGACCAUUAUACACGCCUAAAAAUGAAUGUGCAAGGCACCACCGUGGACAUCGAGUUCAAACAUCUGUCCUACUCUGUUCAGAGUCGAAAAGACUGCUUUGACUGCUUGAGGAGAGAGAGGCCUGCCAGGACGGAAAUUUUGCACAAUGUCAGUGGCAAAUUCAAUGCUGGCGACUUGACCGCGAUUUUGGGCCCCUCUGGCGCUGGCAAGACGUCGCUCUUAAAAAUUUUAGCAGGAUUUCGCACGUCCGGCGUCAAAGGAGAAAUCCUUCUAAACGGCGAAAGGCGAGGUUUCCAGCACAGACGAAUGUGCUGUUUGAUCCCUCAGGACGCCGCCCUUCUCGAAAACCUGACGCUCAGGGAAACCCUGCACGUGGCUGCGGAGCUGAAACUGGGCAGCUCUAGGAAAAAUAGAGUCCUUAGAAUUAAUUCGAUCAAAGAAACAUGCGGAAUUUUAGGAUUGGAAGGGUGCAUGGACACUCAGGUGUCGUGCUUGUCAGGUGGCGAACAGAAAAGGUUGUCAUGCGCCGUGGAGCUGCUUUCCAAUCCUCCCUUGAUGUUUUUUGACGAACCAACGAGCGGAUUGGAUUCCUUUUCGUCUAGUCAGGUGCUCGCUCAUUUGCGAGCUCUGGCCCAACAAGGCCGACGAAACAUCGUGUGCUCAAUUCACCAGCCAAGUUCAAAACUAUUCCAGUCGUUUGACUCGGUGUAUAUACUGUCGGAGGGUCACUGCCUAAUCAAAGGGUCAAGGGAGAUGAUGGUUCAGAAUCUUUCAAAUAUGGAUUUCCACUGCCCCCAAUUCUACAAUCCGGCUGAUUAUGCUUUGGAAGUCGCUGCCGGAGAAAGAGGAGAUGUUUCAAAUUUGAUCGCCGUCACCUCUGAUCGUGAGGCAAUUCAAGACAGUGGUUUUUCCAAAGAGACAAGUCUAAUGCUGAACAGUGCUUGGGAAAAAUCAGACAACAAUGCCGACGAAGCAGAUUUAUUUAGACCGAAUCCAAAAACAGCGAGGCCCAUAUGCAACUUGGCGCAGCAGUUCUCCAUUCUCUUCAAUAGAGCCAUUCUAGUGUCUUUCAAAGAUCUGCACAUGGCGUGGCUGCGAUCGGCGGCGCACUUCAUCAUCGGCGUCAUGCUGGGCUUCGUUUUUUUCGACGUCGGCAACGACGCCGCUAAAGUGACGGGAAACGUCGGCCUCAUCUUCUUCCUCAUGCUCUUUUUGUUUUUCUCCAACGCCAUGCCAACCGUCCUAACAUUCCCUUCAGAAAUGGCCGUGAUGUUGAGAGAGCACCUGAACGGCUGGUACUCCAUAAAGGCUUAUUACUUAGCCAGGUCGAUCGCUGAUGUCCCUCUUCAGAUCAUGUGUCCAACGAUGUUUCUUCUGAUUUCUUACUACAUGUCCAACCAACCUUGGGAGUUCAACCGAUUCUGCAAUCUGUGGCUCGUAGGAAUCCUUUUAACUCUGUUGGCCCAGUCUCUGGGCCUCCUCGUGGGUGCAGCUUCAGACGUUAAAAUGGGGAUAUUUCUUGUGCCUGUGAUCUCCAUCCCGAUGCUGCUCUUCUCGGGCUACUUUGUUCCCGUCGCAGACAUUCCUGUGGCCUUGCGGUGGUUGUCCCGCUUAAGCGUCUUUUACUACGCCUUUGAAGCAUGUUUGAUUGCGAUUUACGGCGAGGGAAGAGAAAAACUCGAGUGCAGCCAGGACUAUUGUCACUAUGUGUCACCUAAGAAACUUUUGACAGACCUCCACGUACAAGAGGAAGACUUUCUUAUAUGCAUCUACGCCCUCGUUGGCUAUAUCUUGUUGCUCAGAGUGCUGCUGUACCUCACACUCAAAAUUAGAAUCAUUUUGUCCAAGUGAAAUGACUUUACAUGUAAAUAUAAUUGCAAUAUAGCAUAAAUUAGGUUUAUGAUAUUUUUUAUAACUAUUAGGUAUGAUUAAAGCAUAAAAGGUCUUCAUCUUGUGCGAAAGGGAAUUGUGUUAACUACUGUGAUAACUUGCCAAAUAAAUAUUUUAUGGAUUUUGCUUUUAAAUUUUGUUGCAAGAUAUUGAAGAGAUACAAUAACAUAAUAUCAUAUUAUAAAUAAUAAUUCCAAUAAAUUCCUAAUAUUAAAAUCA